CAUACGCCAACAAUCCAGUCAAGUUUCAAGUUGCCCGUCGCCUUGCUUCUUUCACGUUUAGUUAGUUCCCAGCCUGUUGUUGCGGUUCUUUCACUUGCAAGUUGCAAUCAAUCUCCUGUCCUGCACUCCACUCACUCCAUCCACUCCCUCCACUCGCUCCUUGCUCUGCUGCCACACCAGUGACCAGAUAGACCCUCUCCCUCGCUCUCUCCCUCCCGACUGUCCCUCUCUUCUCGACUCCCUUAACCAUCCCUCUCCACCUCCACCAAAUGUCGUCGUCACAACUUCCUCCCAUCCACCAACUUCAAAAUCCCCCAUCCACUUCUAAACGUCUCACCAAAAAACCUCCCGGGUCCUAUACCAUCGACACCGUCGCUCGCUCGCUCAAGAGGACCCCUUCCGCCCCAACCUCCGCAUCUCGUUCACCAGCCUCGCCGUCUCCCUCUGCGAUCUCUCCCGCUGCUCCGUCGGGUCAUCGCCGCAGCCCAACCGCCCUGGCCGCCGGCGCGAGCAAUCAAUCGUAUUCCUUCGCCAAGAUCGCGGACGGCAUCGACGCGAACCCGCACCACACCCCCUCCCACGCUCCCAUCGCCGAACCGCAAACGCAUGUCGGCAUCACCGCUGCAUUCCCCACCCCGCCCAACGCUCGCCAAUCGCACCAACCACUCGCCCGUGCAAAUGCGAAGCCGCUCCUCCGGCAGUCCGUGACGGAGAAGACGACGCCUGAACUGGUCGGCGCGCCGUUUGACGCUCCCUCCCUGUACAAAAACAUCGACGCCGUCACCACCACCCCGCAGCCGUCGCUCCACCACCAGUCGUCCAACCCCUCGCCCGCUUCAUUGUCCGCGCCGAGGAUUCGCCACUCGCAGAGUUUCGCGGCAUUGCAGGGUCAUCAAAUGGAGAGGGUCACACCGCCACGGUCCGAUGGAGGGAGCAAGAGUCCGCGACAGCGAUAUUCGGAUGAGGCCACGGGUGGGCCGGUGGGUGGGAAGAAGAAGGGAGUGCUGUCAACUCUGAUGAGUGGCAUGGGAUUGGGAACUCCGCGACGGCCGACCAUAUCUACACCCACCAAUCCGAUGCAUGUCACCCACGUCAGUAUCGACAACGAGACGGGCCAAUUCACGGGACUACCCAAGGAAUGGCAAACCAUCCUUCAGCAAAAUGGAAUUUCCGAAGCGGAACAGAAGCAAAAUCCGGAGGCCAUUAUGAAGAUUGUCGGGUUCUACAAAGAAAACCGGGAAGGGAAUAGCGACGACGAUGUCUGGCACAAGUUCGAAAACGCACGAGCUCACGAUGCGACGAACCCUUACUUUCCGCAACCCUCCCCAGCGACCACUCUCAAUCCGUCGACGGUUGGAUCCAUGACGCAAAUGAUGAGCCCUCCGACUAGUCCGCGGUUUCCCCGCAACCGAGAAGACAGCUUCGAGAAUCCGAGGGCGCCUCCACCGAUUCCCAGGAGUACUCCGACGCAGCUCACUCAGCCUGCCAAUGGUACGCUGGUUCCCCAGCGACCUGCACCACGCCCUCCUGGAGCUAGCGCUGGUCCUUCUCCUGUUCCCAUGCGGGCAGCACCUCCGGCUCCGGCCCCAAUCAAUACCCACGUUUCCACACCUCGCACUCGAUCCAACACCACCGGGUCCCCGAUGCAAUAUGGCGGGCCACCCCCGGGAUCCGUCUUGCAAUACCAGCAGCAACAGGAGCAAGCCAUGCUGAAUGCCCAGCAAUCCAUCGCUCGCCAACAACAGCAGCAGCUUGAACGGAGCCAAAGCGCACGCCAACCACCAUCCCAGCCCCGCGCACCGACCCAACCGACCCAACCGACCCAACCGCAGCCGCUCGCGAGGCCCGCCGAUCCCACGAACGUUCCGAUGCCUAGCCAGCAGCCCCGACUGGAAGGCGGACCACGACCGCGGCAACGACCGCGCCAAUCGACCGGGCCCGACAUCAUCGUUCGCCUUCGCGAAAUCUGCACCGACGUGGACCCGCACCAGAUGUAUCGCAACUUCCAGAAGAUCGGGCAGGGUGCGUCCGGCGGGGUGUUCACGGCCAACCGGCGCGGGACGAACGAAUGCGUGGCCAUCAAGCAGAUGAACCUGGAGCAGCAGCCGAAGAAGGACCUGAUCGUCAACGAGAUCUUGGUGAUGAAGGAGAGCAAGCAUAAGAACAUUGUGAACUUCAUGGACAGUUAUUUGGUGCAGGGCGAUCUGUGGGUGGUGAUGGAGUUUAUGGAGGGGGGCAGUCUAACGGAUGUCGUUACAUUCAACAUGAUGACCGAGGGUCAGAUUGCGGCUGUCUGUCGAGAGACUCUACAUGGUCUCCAACAUCUCCAUUCAAAAGGGGUCAUACAUCGAGACAUCAAGUCCGACAAUGUUCUCUUGUCACUGGAAGGUCAUAUCAAGCUGACUGAUUUCGGUUUCUGCGCCCAAAUCGACCAAGCCCACACCAAGCGCACCACCAUGGUCGGCACCCCCUACUGGAUGGCCCCCGAGGUGGUGACGCGCAAGGAAUACGGCCGCAAGAUCGACCUCUGGUCCCUGGGGAUCAUGGCGAUCGAGAUGAUCGACGGCGAGCCCCCCUACCUGAACGAGAGCCCUCUGCGCGCCCUCUUCCUCAUCGCCACCAACGGCACGCCGUCGAUCAAGGACGAGGCGACCUUGACGCCCGUGUUCAAGGAUUUCUUAAACUUCGCGCUGAAGGUCGAUCCGGAGAAGCGGGCGAGUGCACAUGACCUGCUUACCCACGCAUUCAUCCAAACCGCUGAACCGCUCAGCAACCUCGCCCCAUUAGUCGAUGCUGCGCGCAACGCCCGAAUAGAAGAGCGUCGAAAGAAAGGAGGAGUUUAAGCGCUUCGUUAAGCGUUCACUACCAGGAGCCAAGCGUCUCUCGACCUCACGUUUUAAAAAAUUACGAAUGAGCGCGCGAUCCGGCAUCUUCGUCCGGAUCACUUCAUGUUCCUUCUCACGGCGGCCACCUUCGCGCGCCGUGCACCGGCUGUUCU